GAGCGCCCAAAACGAUGACGAUUAAAAGGCGCGACAAACACUUGCUGUAAUGAAGCACGCCAUGAUGGAGCUGGAGAUCACUAGUCCAGUUCUGAGGGAGUUUGGCAGUGAACAGAGUUUAUUAUCCAAACCUGACGGUUCAGCCACGUUUAUGCAAGGAGACACCAGUGUGUUGGCAGGAGUGUAUGGACCAGCUGAGGUUAAGGUGAACAAGGAGAUCUAUGAUCGAGCAACUCUGGAGGUUCUGAUCCAGCCCAAAGCUGGCAUGCCGAGUGUCCGUGAGCGCACGAGAGAGCAGUGUGUGCGGGAGACGUGUGAGGCCGCUCUGCUGUCCACGCUUCAUCCUCGCUCCUCCCUCACACUCGUCCUGCAAGUGGUGCACGAUGACGGAUCGUUGUUAGCGUGCUGUCUGAAUGCUGCGUGCAUGGCGCUGAUGGACGCCGGGCUGCCCAUGAGCCGCCUGUUCUGCGGCGUCACGUGUGCCAUCGACGCCGAGAGCCGAAUCAUCACAGACCCCACGGCUCAGCAGGAGAAGGAAAGUCGAGCGCUAAUGACUUUUGCAGUCGACAGUAAAGAGCACAAUGUCAUGAUGUCAUCAACAAAAGGUUCUUUCUCAGUGAAAGAGAAAUACUCCAAUAGAGCAGUCUCCUUUUUUCCCAAGAAAGCAGAAGAUGAGCCACUCGACAUACGAAUCUGGAACAAUUCAUAGAGUUGCAUAAGUGUUUUAAAAUUUCCCAUAUUAUCUGACCUGCUGGAAGCCCCGCCCCCUUUCCUAUUGGUUUCUGUUGGUGCGCUCGUCUUGACUCUUGAAAGAUGUGCUGAUGCAGUGCCUUUGUUUUCUGUAUUGAUAAAAGACUGUAUUGAGUUCAUUCAUAAUAAUAAUUAGAGAGUGAUUAAAUCUCUGUUCCCUUUGCUCUCCUGCAUCAGUCAAACAGUCUGAGAAGCAGAUCAGCAGUGAAAAAUGUCAUCUUUGUGGAAACAUUUCAGGGUUUCUAUGUAGACAAGUAGUCAUAUAGACUGAACUGAGCUGCUCUGUCACUUUAUCUGUAGAAGGGAACUCAGGAGGCAACAGAAUUUAAACAGAGGAUCAGGAUCAGUUAGAGAGAAGGAGAGGUUUGGCAGAGUUGCAGUUACAACUCAUAGACAGCAGAGGGGAUGAGAAAUUACAAACAGCACCUUUAAAGUCCUCAUCAAAUAGCCUCUUAGCUAGGAUUUGAUUCUGGAUUUAGAUGUAGAUGUUGAUGCAUUUCUUCCUUCUGAAACAGGAAGUGAGAGUGAUGAUGUGUUGAACUGCUUGACUGACUUGAUUGACAACAGCCAAUAGCGUUCAUCCCUCCCCGAAUCUAAAUAAACCGGUGCUAAAGAUGGACUCUCCUUUUUGCUCUGUCUCACUCAGCAUUGAAGAGUCUUAAGGUGGUAAAACACACGUCUCUGAGAAGUGCCAUUGCAUAACUCUGACCUUGUACAAAUUUCCCCCUGUGCAAAAUGAACCAUUUUUUUUCCCUCAACCAAGCAAUGGUUAGAAAAGGGAACAGUGUGCAGGAAGAAGCUACUGUAGAGCAAGACCCACCUCCGGGGGCGGGACAUACUGUAAAUAGUCUGGAGAGCAUUUAAUUGGACGAUCACAAUUGACGUUGCAACAACUUGGGAUGGUUGUUCAAAUUACUAUCACUAAUCACUAUCACUAAUCACUAAUUGUGACUUAUGGUUUUGUUAAAACUAUAUACUUUUGAUGACGGUAUUUAUUUUACUUCAGUUAAAAGUUAGAUUUAUUCAUAUUUUCAGUGUGAGAUUAAGCAAAUAAACCACUGACUGAUAAAAUGGCAGCUCUGUGUAGUUCCUGUUUUCACUGUAUGAGUUU